ACAUACACAUUCAUAUCAUCCUGAUCCUCCCUCCCUCCCUCAUUCUCUGAAAUUUCUAUUUCUUUAUUCACACCCCAUAACAAAAGUCCAUAAUCAAUGGCCCAACUGACCCUUAAACAUUUAUCAAAAAACAAAAUCUUGGAAACAAAUCAAUCAAUUCAAGACCAACAUCUUCACAUUCCAACCACUUUAUUCACAGUUUUGCCCCUCUGCAACCCCCUAAAAUAUGGUCUUUUUUGGGGGCUUUCUGUUGGCUCACAAUUUCAACUUUUCACCACAAACAACACAAGAAAAAAAAAACAGGAACCUUCUUCUUAUCACCACCACCGGUUCAUCUUUCUUCAUUUAAAGUCUUUGAUACCCACAACCUCUCAUCUUUCUUAUUACUAUUAUUAUUAUUAUUAUUAUUAUUUUUCUUGCAACCCCUUUUGGGAAAUUGAGAUCUGAUGAUGAGUAAAAAGAUGAAAUUGGGUUAUGAGGAUGCUAGGGCAAGAUUUAAGCACCAAACCCUUUUUCAGGAUUACAUGGAGUUGCAACAGGAAACAGAGGCUGCAAGAAACAAUUUGAUGGUCUUAAAGCAGAAGAAACUAACCUUACAAGCUGAAGUUAGGUUCUUGAGGCGAAGACGCAAAUUUCUAUUAAAAAACAAGUCGUCGACCCUACAAGAACAAGCUUUUAUGAACCCACAGCCGACCCAGAUCAGAAAAAGUAAUAAAGAAAAGGUUCAUACGGAAAAGCAGAAAACUUUACUUAAGUUACCACCUUCAGGGAUGAAAAAAGCUCCUCGAAGCAUACCGUCACCUGAAUUUUACUCGACUCUUGAAGAUUCUUUUUAUGGUGUAAAACAGCAAUCGGUUCAAAGAGUGAUUGCGAACCAAAGGGUCAGGAUCAAUGGACCAAAGGCAUCCACGUUUCUUGAUUUGAGUCAGAAAGACGCCGCUUUUGGAAGUCAAGAACCUUCAGGUCAAACACGAAAGCCUGAAAUUGACCUGAACCAGAUAUUUAGAGAAGAAGAGGAAGUACAAGAGCAAUGUGAGGCGUUUGAUCCUGUAAUGCAUGGUUUGAUCAGAAAUGGCGUUGACGAGCAGCCCACAGAUGUGCGGUUAUCCAUCUUUAGGAAUGUUGGGAAGAGGAAGGUCUCCUGGCAAGAUCCUGUGGCUGUAAGAGUAUGAAGUUCAUUAUGGUGGUUUUAACUUCUUUUUUUUUUUUUUUUUUUUUUUUUUUUUUUUUUUUUGUAAAAAGGGUUUUUUACUUGAUAGAUUUGUGGGUCUCAAAAUGGAAGAUAAAGAUCUACUUUGUGAUAUUGAUUUUGAGUGGCAGUAUGGUUAGUUGGUGGACGUUUGUGGCAGAUUUUAUAUAUUCUUGUUAUUGGGGUUGUGAAUG